GAGAAGUUCCGUUACGCGGCUGCUCCUCUAUCUGUCCGGCUGCCUGUGCCCUACAUGCGCCCCGGGGGCGCCUUCGCCUGGAGCCUUUCGUACUUUUCAUACCCUGGGGAGAGCGCCAGCGAGCCUUUUCAUUUAAUCUUUACUAAGAGGCUCCUCCGCUGCAGGAAGCACCUGCUCCAGUCCGGGCGCAGGUUCCCUCGCCGCUGCGCGCCGCGGGUCCCCAGCCCAGCGGCAGCCCAACUUUCCGCCGCCUCCAACCCGAGGAUGCCCCUAGGCUCCUCCUGACCAGCCAGCCCAGGCCUGGAGGCCACUUCGCACAGCUUCGGCCGGGACCCUCCAGCUGGGCGGGCGCAGUGCCCUGGUCCCAAGUCAGUCUCCGCCUGCCGUGGGGUCCCUAGAAGGCUGCGAGAAAGGGGCGUGCCCGCCCUCGCCGCGGGGCAGGAAAAUCCGCGGAGGGGCCCCCUGCUAUCGCCCUCGGGGCAGGGGGAGGGGUGGUCUCCUGCCAGCUGGCAGCCCCGAAAAGUGCGAAAGCAGCUCGGAAGUGUCUGCUCCGGGGAUGGGGACAGGUGGUGUGGAUUGCCCCGCUCCGUGGUCUUCACGGGUCAGGGCCAGGUGCGCUCCGGCCCGCCGAGGGGCGUCUGUAGAGGCUUCUGGUGAAAUCUCAUUAUGCAAGACUGGAUUUCCUGAAGAUGUUUACAGUGCAGUCUUAUCGAAGGAGGUGCAUGAAGGACAACCUCUUCUCAAUGUGAAGUUUAGCAACUGCAAUGGAAAAAGAAAAGUACAAUAUGAGAGCAGUGAGCCUGCAGAUUUUAAGGUGGAUGAAGAUGGCAUGGUGUAUGCCGUGAGAAGCUUUCCACUCUCUUCUGAGCAUGCCAAGUUCCUGAUAUAUGCCCAAGACAAAGAGACCCAGGAAAAGUGGCAAGUGGCAGUGAAAUUGAGCCUGAAGCCAGCCUUAACUGAGGAGUCAAUGAAGGAGCCACCAGAAGUUGAAGAAAUCGUAUUCCCAAGACAAUUCAGUAAGCACAGUGGCCACCUACAAAGGCAGAAGAGAGACUGGGUCAUCCCUCCAAUCAACUUGCCAGAAAACUCCAGGGGACCUUUUCCUCAAGAGCUUGUCAGGAUCAGGUCUGAUAGAGAUAAAAACCUUUCACUGCGGUACAGUGUAACUGGGCCAGGAGCUGACCAGCCUCCAACUGGUAUCUUCAUUAUCAACCCUAUCUCGGGUCAGCUGUCAGUGACGAAGCCCCUGGAUCGCGAGCAGAUAGCCCGGUUUCAUUUGAGGGCACAUGCAGUAGAUAUUAAUGGAAAUCAAGUGGAGAACCCCAUUGACAUUGUCAUCAAUGUUAUUGACAUGAAUGACAACAGACCUGAGUUCUUACACCAGGUUUGGAAUGGGACAGUUCCUGAGGGAUCAAAGCCUGGAACAUAUGUGAUGACCGUAACAGCAAUUGAUGCUGAUGAUCCCAAUGCCCUCAAUGGGAUGUUGCGGUACAGAAUCCUGUCUCAGGCUCCAAGCACCCCUUCACCCAACAUGUUUACAAUCAACAAUGAGACUGGUGACAUUAUCACAGUGGCAGCUGGACUUGAUCGAGAAAAAGUGCAACAGUAUACGUUAAUAAUUCAAGCUACAGACAUGGAAGGCAAUCCCACAUAUGGCCUUUCAAACACAGCCACGGCCAUCAUCACAGUGACAGAUGUCAAUGACAAUCCUCCAGAGUUUACUGCCAUGACGUUUUAUGGUGAAGUUCCUGAGAACAGGGUAGAUGUCAUAGUAGCUAAUCUAACUGUGACUGAUAAGGAUCAACCCCAUACACCAGCCUGGAAUGCAGUGUACAGAAUCAGUGGCGGAGAUCCUACAGGACGGUUUGCCAUCCAGACCGACCCAAACAGCAACGACGGGUUAGUCACCGUGGUCAAACCAAUCGACUUUGAAACAAAUAGGAUGUUUGUCCUUACUGUUGCUGCAGAAAAUCAAGUGCCAUUAGCCAAGGGAAUUCAGCACCCACCUCAGUCAACUGCAACCGUGUCUGUUACAGUUAUUGACGUAAAUGAAAACCCUUAUUUUGCUCCCAAUCCUAAGAUCAUUCGACAAGAAGAAGGGCUUCAUGCCGGUACCAUGUUGACCACAUUCACUGCUCAGGACCCAGAUCGAUAUAUGCAGCAAAAUAUUAGAUACACUAAAUUAUCUGAUCCUGCCAAUUGGCUAAAAAUAGAUCCUGUGAAUGGACAAAUAACUACAAUUGCUGUUUUGGACCGAGAAUCACCAAAUGUGAAAAACAAUAUAUAUAAUGCUACUUUCCUUGCUUCUGACAAUGGAAUUCCUCCUAUGAGUGGAACAGGAACGCUGCAGAUCUAUUUACUUGAUAUUAAUGACAAUGCCCCUCAAGUGUUACCUCAAGAGGCAGAGACUUGCGAAACUCCAGACCCCAAUUCAAUUAAUAUUACAGCACUUGAUUACGACAUUGAUCCAAAUGCUGGACCAUUUGCUUUUGAUCUUCCUUUAUCUCCAGUGACUAUUAAGAGAAAUUGGACCAUCACUCGGCUUAAUGGUGAUUUUGCUCAGCUUAAUUUAAAGAUAAAAUUUCUUGAAGCUGGUAUCUAUGAAGUUCCCAUCAUAAUCACAGAUUCGGGUAAUCCUCCCAAAUCAAAUAUUUCCAUCCUGCGCGUGAAGGUUUGCCAGUGUGACUCCAACGGGGACUGCACAGAUGUGGACAGGAUUGUGGGUGCAGGGCUUGGCACUGGUGCCAUCAUUGCCAUCCUGCUCUGCAUCAUCAUCCUGCUUAUCCUUGUGCUGAUGUUUGUGGUAUGGAUGAAACGCCGGGAUAAAGAACGCCAGGCCAAACAACUUUUAAUUGAUCCAGAAGAUGAUGUAAGAGAUAAUAUUUUAAAAUAUGAUGAAGAAGGUGGAGGAGAAGAAGACCAGGACUACGACUUGAGCCAGCUGCAGCAGCCUGACACUGUGGAGCCUGAUGCCAUCAAGCCUGUGGGAAUCCGACGAAUGGAUGAAAGACCCAUCCAUGCCGAGCCCCAGUAUCCAGUCCGCUCGGCAGCCCCGCACCCUGGAGACAUUGGGGACUUCAUCAAUGAGGGCCUUAAAGCGGCUGACAAUGACCCCACAGCUCCACCAUAUGACUCCCUGUUAGUGUUUGACUAUGAAGGCAGUGGCUCCACUGCUGGGUCCUUGAGCUCCCUUAAUUCCUCAAGUAGUGGUGGUGAGCAGGACUAUGAUUACCUGAACGACUGGGGUCCACGGUUCAAGAAACUUGCUGACAUGUAUGGUGGAGGUGAUGACUGAACUUCAGGGUGAACUUGGUUUUUGGACAAGUACAAACAAUUUCAACUGAUAUUCCCAAAAAGCAUACAGAAGCUAGGCUUUAACUUUGUAGUCUACUAGCACAGUGCUUGCUGGAGGCUUUGGCAUAGGCUGCAAACCAAUUUGGGCUCAGAGGGAAUAUCAGUGAUCCAUACUGUUUGGAAAAACACUGAGCUCAGUUACACUUGAAUUUUACAGUACAGAAGCACUGGGAUUUUAUGUGCCUUUUUGUACCUUUUUCAGAUUGGAAUUAGUUUUCUGUUUAAGGCUUUAAUGGUACUGAUUUCUGAAAUGAUAAGUAAAAGACAAAAUAUUUUGUGGUGGGAGCAGUAAGUUAAACCAUGAUAUGCUUCAACACGCCUUUGUUACAUUGCAUUUGCUUUUAUUAAAAUACAGAAUUAAACAAACAAAAAAAACUCAUGGAGCGAUUUUGUUACCUUGGGGGAUGAGACCAUGAGAUUGGAAAAUGUACAUUACUUCUAGUUUUAGACUUUAGUUUUCUUUUUUUUCCACUAAAAUCUUAAAACUUACUCAGCUGGUUGCAAAUAAAGGGAGUUUUCAUAUCACCAAUUUGUAGCAAAAUUGAAUUUUUUCAUAAACUAGAAUGUUAGACACAUUUUGGUCUUAAUCCAUGUACACUUUUUUAUUUCUGUAUUUUUCCACUUCACUGUAAAAAUAGUAUGUGUACAUAAUGUUUUAUUGGCAUAGUCUAUGGAGAAGUGCAGAAACUUCAGAACAUGUGUAUGUAUUAUUUGGACUAUGGAUUCAGGUUUUUUGCAUGUUUAUAUCUUUCGUUAUGGAUAAAGUAUUUACAAAACAAAGUGACAUUUGAUUCAAUUGUUGAGCUGUAGUUAGAAUACUCAAUUUUUAAUUUUUUUAAUUUUUUUAUUUUUUAUUUUCUUUUUGGUUUGGGGAGGGAGAAAAGUUCUUAGCACAAAUGUUUUACAUAAUUUGUACCAAAAAAAAAAAAAAAAAGGAAAGAAAAGGAAGGGGUGGCCUGACACUGGUGGCACUACUAAGUGUGUGGUUUUUUUAAAAAAAAUGGAAAAAAAAAAGCUUUUAAACUGGAGAGACUUCUGACAACAGCUUUGCCUCUGUAUUGUGUACCAGAAUAUAAAUGAUACACCUCUGACCCCAGCGUUCUGAAUAAAAUGCUAAUUUUGGAUCUGG